AUGACCCAAACCAACCAUUGGGUCCAUACGUGGGCUGCGAUGCCCAUGCGCGCUGAAGCAGAUAAUCUGCCUCCGAAGACGUUCAUCCGGGACACGAUAAUAUUCCCUAAUACAACAAUUCGGCAAACUGUGAAAAUAACACUCGGCACCGACAAUUACUUUCGUCUGCGAUUAUCCAACGCGUUUGGCACCGAUGAUCUGACUAUCAACCAAGUGACGGUGGCCCUGGCACACAAUAUCUCGGCAGGCAGUAGCAGAAUCGAAGCACACACGCUGCGAAACGUUACAUUUGAUGAUGGGUUGGUGGCAACAACAAUUGUCGGUGGGGCGCAGGCUCUCUCCGAUCCCAUCGGGUUCGGGGUCCCUUUGCCGCCAAACACGGUGCUCAGCAUCAGUCUCUUUUUGAAAAAUGGACAAGAUAGCAAAACUGGAAUUACCUCGCAUCCAGGCAGCCGGACAACAUCAUUCUGCAGUCUGGGAAAUCGUGUGUCGGAAACUGAUUUGACUGAUCCUUCUGUCCAGCCCGUGGAACAUUGGUUCUACAUCUCUGGGAUUGAAGUUCUGGUACCGCGUGAUUCGUGCGCAUUCGCCGUUAUUGGCGAUAGCAUAACGGAUGGAAGAUGCAGUACAACCGAUGGCAAUGACCGUUGGCCCGAUCUUUUAUUUUCCCGCCUCCAGUCAAACCCGGUCACUGCAUCUAUCUCCGUACUGAAUCAGGCAGCGGGUGGUAACCGAAUCCUCGCAGAUGGCAUAGGUCCCAACGUGCUCAGCCGGCUCGACCGCGAUGUCCUUUCUCAUUCGGGUGUGAAAUACGUACUCAUUUUCGAAGGGGUAAAUGAUAUUGGGACCGCCGAAGCCAAUGAAGAAAGCCAAUUGGUUAUUGGUGAUCGAAUCAUUGCCGGAUACAGACAGAUUGUGACAAGGGUACAUGCACGUGGAAUUCCUAUCUUCGCAGCGACGAUCACGCCCUUUGGAAGGAGAAAAGGAGAGGUCGUGGUUGAUGCGGAGGCCGAGGGUCUUACAGGGUAUUCUCAUCCGAUGAGGGAGCAGACGAGACAAAGGGUCAAUGAUUGGAUUCGAAAGAGCGGUGUUUUUGACGCCAUUGUGGAUUUCGAUCGAGUUCUGAGAGAUGAAGAUGACUCUGGGGUGCUGAGAAAGGAGUUUGACUCGGGCGAUCGCUUGCACCCUAACAAACAAGCCUUUCAAGCAUUAGCGUGCGCUUUUCCAGUGGAAGCUUUUGAGAACCCCUGA